AUGGAGGGGGUUCGUUUUGGGUUCGAGAUGCACUUGGAUGGGUAGGUUGUCCGAAACUUCCAAUUCCAAGGGUUCUGCAGCGAAAUUCCCAACUCAUAUGAUAUCCGGUGGAUGGGUUACACGCGCAGGCAGAAAAAAUGGGCGGUUCGCUGGUGGUGUGGGGUUGAACAAUUUCUGUCUGUUCGCGACUCCCAAACUUGACGAUUAUUGCAAUAAUGGCGGGGGCUAUUGAGGCGAGUGCGUCGAUAAAUACACGUAGUGUUGGUGGGAGAGGGAGAUUUCUUGGUUCCCAUUCUUUGCUGGUUGUUCAGUUGUAAACAUUGUCUCGUUUCCUCUGAUUUUCGUGCCAUUCCCAUACGACCUUCGUUUAAGUUAAUUACUUUUUAUUAAUCCUCCCCUUGCUUUCAGGCGCAUGACAUAUACUCUUUAGGACUUCGAAGAGUAUUUCCAUAUUUGACGACCAGUUCAUCGAGAUGUAAGAGCUUGCGGUUGUAACGAAACUCUGAGUGUUUAUAGGACUGCGGAAGUGAAGAUUCUCAAGACAAAGACGGCCGAAAACACACCAUGGAGAUCGAUCUCGGUGGUGACUGUUAUGGCCGUCUGCACCGCCAUUCAAGGAGGUCUUUACUACAGUUCCAUCUGGCCAUAUCUACGAUCUGUAAGUCAAUUACUGCAUAGAUUAUAUUAACAUGCAUUCAAUCAGGUUUUGUUGAAUUUUUAAGAGGCAUGAUGAAUAACUCACUCUUAUUUUUAGUUAAAUUCUGAAGUGACUGACAUUUUUCUUGGAUUCGUAAUGUCUAUGUACUCGUUUGGCCAAAUUCUUUCGGCGCCCUUGAUUGGAUGGUCGGCCAACAAGAUUGGCACUAUUCGACCACCAGUCACGGUUUGCAUUCUCUGCCAAGUGACUGGAAAUGUUGUCUAUUUCCUUGCGCAAGAAGCGCCUUCAGCCUACGCCAUCUACGUGGUGGUUCUAUCCAGAUUCAUCUUGGGCAUUGGAUCGGGUAUGUGUCUCAACGUGUACUAAAUAUAAAAAAGGUUUAAACAAAAAGUAACCUUACAAUUUUCAGUGAAUCUUGUGCUUCUCGACACAUACGCCUCUACUGCCAGUCUUCCACGCCACAAGUCAAGAACAAUCUCACUUGUAACUGGAGGAGUUGCAUUGGGUAUUAGCAUUGGCCCGGGCACUCAACUGUUCUUCACUCCGCUUGGUAAACAUGGCAUCGAACUCUUCAAUACCGGCUUCUCAAUCAACAUGUAUACGGCUCCGGCAGUGGCUGCCAUUUUCUUCAACUUGAUCGCAUUAAUCUGUGUGUCGUUUGUGUUUGAAGAAGUGUAUGCCGGUUUGAAUAGUCAACCUAGAGAGGUAAGUAAUUUAGCUGUAUGUUAUAAGGCUAAUACAACUGCCAAUUCUUUAAUGUUCAUAGUUAUAAUUACUCUUACAUUUAAUUUCAGAAACUCACCGACACCCCAGCCAAGAAGCUGAAGAUCGAUUGGAUUGCCAUAUUUGUCUGUCACGCUACCGGAUUCGUCCAUUAUUUCACAUUCAGCCAUGUUGAAACGUAAGUUGACUUCGAACUAACCCAAAUAUCUUUGAGAAUAUUUUUUUACAGUUGACUAUUGCAGACUUGGAACCAACUUUGUAAUGACUGUUAUGGGAUACAGUGAGGAGAAUGCCAUCCAAUACUACUCCAUCUGCUUCACUUUGCUGUCAAUUGUUGAACUCGGCUUCUAUGGAGUUUAUGUGUUCGGAAAGCUGGAAAAAUAGUAAGUUAUGAGGGUAAAAUACGAACAUUGCAUCGUUGAAAAAAUUAAUGACUAACCUUUUCAGCGGCUCGACCAGAAUGAAGUGCGUUUUCGGAUUGAUCGGAUUCUUCAUCUUCUACGUGACCACCUUCUCCUGGUCAUUCCUUCCUGGUGAAAUGAAAAAAUUCGACAAUUCGGACCUUAUCGCUUUCCGAAAUUUCAAUGGCUCCGAGCCCAUUGGCUGUAAUACGGACACAUAUUCAUGGUGUGAAUCGGUGAAGCCGGUCAACCCCUGGGUCUACAUCACCGCGCUGAGUGUUGUGAUUGGCCUUUCGUUCGGAAUUUUGAACACAACUUUAAGCACACUGUUCUCGGAUGUCCUUGGGCCCAAAAAACAAGGCACCCAGAUGGGCUUCUUCCACAUGACGCGGAAUAAUGCAAGAAUGUUGGGCCCUCUUGCCAUUACGUAAGUUUUGAUCAUAAGUUUGUGUAAUCAUCCCUCUGAUAAACCAUCAAUUUUUCAUUUCAGUGGCAUAUACGAAAGCUUUGGCCCACGGUUCGCAUGGAUGCUGCAGCUCUGCAUGCUCACUUUUAAUUUGGUCAUUUUUGCCGUAUUUUAUCACCGAAUGGUGCCCAUGGCCUUCCCCAAACAUCAGACCCAUCCUGUGGACGACCAGGAACUCACGCCGACGACUCAGAAAAUCUGA